GAUUCGAUGAACUGGUGGGAUUAAAUGUCUUCGAAACGCACCGUUUCAACCCAAAAGAUACGGUGGAUUUCACUGAUUCAACGCGUGGUUCCAAGGAGAUUCUUCGAUCGAGCAGACGACUGUGAUGGGCUGAGGAGCACGCUUUUGAGGAGUAGGGAAUCCGUAUUUACCUCAUUCGUUGACGCAUCGAGGAUUGCAGACGCCUUAGCUGAUUGAAUUUCGCCUUCUUGCACAUGGCUAGUUCAUUGCGAUUAUACUUGACCUGCAUAAGGAACACACUCGAGGCUGCAAUGUGCUUGCAGGUACGCGUUGUUGUGGAAGUUGUGAGUUCGUAAUGAACUUUCCAUGUCAAGAGGUUGAAAGGCAUAACAAGCCAGAGGUUGAACUAAAGACCAGCCAUGAACUCCUGCUAAAUCCUGUUUUGAUCUGUCGAAAUGAGGCUGAAAAAUGCUUAAUAGAAACAUCUAUUAAUUCAGUGCGGAUAAGUCUCAAGGUUAAGCAGGCUGAUGAACUUGAAAAUAUUUUGACCAAGAAGUUUCUUAGAUUCUUGUCUAUGAGAGCUGAGGCUUUUCAAGUAUUGAGGAGAAAGCCAGUACAGGGAUAUGACAUCAGCUUCCUUGUAACAAAUUACCAUUGUGAGGAGAUGCAGAAGCACAAACUCAUAGAUUUUAUAGUGCAAUUUAUGGAGGAUAUUGAUAAAGAGAUAAGCGAACUUAAAAUGUCAGUGAACACACGAGGGAGGCUGGUAGCUGCAGAGUUUCUGAAGCAGUUUAUCUGAUGCGUUAGGAAUCCAAAUCCAAGCCUUGCUUCUAAAAUCCAAAUCCCAAAAAAAAAAAAAAAGGUUUUAUAAUGAAGACCGUUAUAAUUAGCAACUGCUGCAGAAUUUUUCUUGUAAAGUUUAAGUGGAAUAUAUGAAGGAAAUGCAAAUAUAUAUAAAAUUGGUAUUGCAAAUUGAUAAUUUUAAA